AUGUACGGAGAUCCCACGCGUACACGUUCUUCUAACGCAAGUGCCAAUGAAACUCAACGAAAUGCUUUAUCAAUCCCAAUUCCUGCUACUUCCCAUGAAGACACUGCCAUAUACGCCCUUGAUGGUUUCGACAGCUUUCAAGAGCCACUGGGAUAUAUGAGUAACGCCAGUGGGAACCUUAGGGGAGACGAAUAUCCGAUGUAUCACCUUAUAGACCCAGACAACUGCCAUGUUUUGAGAGAGAUAGUGUACCUGAAUGCUGUUCCACAAGAAAUCACACCAAACGAUUUUACCAAAGGCGCUUGGCUUGCAGAUUUGGAAUCUGCCGAAGUCGGUGGCGCUGGCAACACGGACAUUGGAUUUGCUUUACAGGCAACGCCUGGCGCCUCCGCUGUCUUUCCUGAAACUGCCGUUGACUUGCGGUGUCCGGAAUGCGGUGAGUCUGCCAACUGUGAAUGCCAAUUAUAUCUGCAUAAAAUACUUCAACACGCAUCAUUGAGUGCUCUAGAUGAAAUUAAAUGUCAGAUUUGCGGCAAAAAGUGCUCAAGGAUAUCUGCAUUUAAAAGUCAUUUAUCGUUACACUUACUUCGAAAUGACCAAGUUUGUUCGAAUUGUCAAACACAAAUUUCCUGUCCGACGGCUGUCCAUGACACCGAGGAACAGAUUAUUCCGAUGCCGUCAAAUCAGUAUCGAUGUAGACUUUGUGGGGUUAACCAUUCAUCUUUGACUCAGCUUCGUAUACAUUAUAAACACAAUCAUCCUAAGAGGCAGACGGAUAAUUCAGAACCUUUAUCUACCUCUCAGACGCAUAUAUCACCGGAGCCACCCACUUCUCAACCCCAUGGACGCAACUGCAAAGUCAAGGCAUCGACAUUUAUCAGGGAGAUAGCCACAGCCUCUAAGCACAAAAGGCGUCACGCGCCUCCUGCACCAGAUCCCGUGCCUUCGCCUCAGGUUGAGCAAAUUGACUACACCCAGCACGUGAAGAAAAUUUUCAUAUCGAAAAAGAAACAACUCUUUCAGUGUGAAAUUUGUAAAAAGAAACUCUCCUCAAUGACUACAACCAAAGCGCACGUCUUGACACACUUGGGCGUGAAACCAUUCUCUUGUCCAAUUUGUUCUAAAUCCUUCACGCAAAAGGGCUCAGUGGACACUCAUAUGGCUAUCCAUAAUGCGGCGAAAAAGCUCUCGUGUCCCUUCUGUCAAAAGAAGUUCACCUUCAAGCAGAAUCUUGAUGUUCACCUUUCGAGAUAUCAUAGCAAACUGGCCAAACCGGUAGUCAAUAUCCAACAAAGCCAAGAAUUGCAUUCAUUCAUCGUGGCUUAUGGGUGUCUUUCAUACUCCAUACUCUCUUCUUUCUACCUCUUUUUAUCCAUGUUUGCUGGCUACACGGGCAGGCGGUGUGCCUGUCGCUAUUGCUUCUUAACAUUUCCCAGCCCUUCUAUGUAUUGCUCACACGAACUUUUGCACCUCAAAAGGCGGAAAAUCUCCAAGUCUUAUGCUAUGGGGUUCAAAAGGAGAUUGGCCCAUCACCUUGCCCAAAAGUCUGUGAAGAAAUCUAAAGGUGGUCUCAACUUUAUCCACCUCCUGGAAUCCGAUGCUGAGGAGGCUCUCAGGCCCUACUCAGAAAAACCAACCUGUUAUUGCUCAUUCUGUAAUUUCAGAUCCCACAGUGGAGCGGCCUUAUUCCGGCACAGAAAGGAUCAUGCCUGUAUUCGCAAACGUCACUUAGAUAAGCUGAAUGCUAUUGGUCUAUUGCUCAACACUUCACAGCCUUGCUCCUGCUGUCCCUGGUGCUCCAAACUCUUUACAUCUGCGCGCAGUGCCAAGUUGCAUUUCGUGACCCACUUUUUGGCGGAUGCAUUUGUUUGCGAGAAAUGCGAUCGUCGUUUCGUCAGUGGUAUUCUGUGCAGACGUCACAUGCGACUAAAGCAUGGUUUAAGAAAGUUGAAAAUCCGCAUUAUUCUUCGCUACGACCUACCUCUCAGUCUGCAGCGUCGAAUCAGUCUAAAACCAGUACCUCCAACUGAGUUUUCGAUCGACCCAGUCGAUGCUUCUAACAUUCCGGUAGAGAUAAUUCAACUCACAGAAGCCCAUCAAUUUCCUCCUACUUCUUUCACUGAGCAGCUGAGUCAAGAGGUAGUUUGGUUAUCUGAACCGGAGUCCCAUAUUCCUGAGGUGCCUCAGCCCUCCGUGAUAAUCGUGCCUCCGGAUCCAGUUCAAGGACAACUCACAGAUACGCAGAUUCUUCCAGUGGACCAAUCAUUUGUUCUGGGAGAGGGCUUCCAGUCAGGCGACAUGUUCCUCCUCCCCCAGGGUUCUACCCUUGAUAAUCUGGAUAGUUACAAUCAGAGUGUAUUCUACAGCGACCAGGCCAGUUUUGUCGAUGCACCGGCCUUCGAUACAGACUAUCAGCCUAUGGUCGAUUUUGUCCAAGAAGCCAACUCAGCGUUAGAUUUCAACACUGAAGUGACAAUAGCAACGGAACCUCCUCCUCCCUUACCACCACCAGCACCUCAUCCUCCAUCAUCGUCAACACAGGAGGGUCUAGAUCAACAAGCAGGCCUCGCAGAUUUUUUUGGUUGUUGCCAAUGCGCGGCGCGGUUCGAUAGCAGCGUGGCGCUAUCUACUCAUGUCAUUACGCACGGCACAUCUACACAUUAUAGUGUCUGUUUGGCAUGUGGAACAAGUCGGCUGGACGCGGGAGAAUCCGUUCCGUGUAGCGCUUGCGGGCAAAAUGCCUUCCACCGGAUGGACGCGCUGUUGGAAGAUGCGAUGAUCGGUUGUGCGCGGUUCUACUGCACUCACUGCAAUUUGGUCUUUGCAGAGCUCAAUCAUUUGGAGGCGCAUGUAGCAGAGUUGACUACACCGAAUGUCUACCAACACCAACCGGUGUUGGAGGAGGUGGUGACUGUGGAGUCUGUCCAGGCGCCAGCUUGUAGCAGACGAUCUGCGCAACCGAAGAAAACGCACUUCGAGUUGCCGGCAGAAGAAGUGCAAAAGAUCAUACAGAGCCAACCCACGGCCGAGUCAAGUCUAUCUGAGAGAUUGCUAUACGAGGUGUGA